AUGGCCUUCAACGGCCAAACCCCCACGAUUGUCGUGUUGAAGGAGGGCACCGAUGCUUCUCAGGGAAAGGGUCAGAUCAUCUCCAACAUCAACGCUUGUGUCGCAGUGCAAUCUACAGUCAAGAGCACGCUCGGUCCUUACGGUGGUGAUCUCCUGCUCGUGGAUGCCAAUGGCAGACAGACCAUUACGAACGAUGGAGCCACAGUCAUGAAGCUUUUGGAUAUUGUGCACCCCGCCGCCCGCAUUCUCACUGAUAUCGCCCGUUCCCAAGAUGCCGAAGUCGGUGACGGAACCACCUCCGUGGUUGUUCUGGCUGGUGAGAUUCUGAAGGAAGUGCGUGAACUCGUUGAGCAGGGUGUCAGCUCUCAGACUAUUAUGAAGGGUCUGCGGAGGGCAGGCGCCAUGGCGGUCAACAAGGUGAAGGAGAUUGCGGUCGACAUGCUGGACCCUGCGGAUACCCAGGAGAAGAAGGUCGAGACACUAAGGCGGUUAGCCGCAACAGCUAUGAACAGCAAGCUUAUCAAGCGGAAUUCGGACUUUUUCACAAAGAUGGUCGUGGACGCCGUGCUUUCACUGGACCAGGAUGACCUUAACGAGAAGUUGAUCGGUGUUAAGAAGAUUACUGGUGGUGGACUUCAGGACUCCCUUUUCGUCGACGGUGUCGCCUUCAAGAAGACAUUCUCCUACGCCGGUUUCGAGCAACAGCCCAAACAUUUCCUGGACCCCAAGAUUGUGUGCUUGAACGUUGAGCUGGAGCUUAAGAGCGAGAAGGAUAAUGCUGAAGUCCGUGUCGAGCAGGUCUCUGAGUACCAGGCCAUCGUCGAUGCCGAGUGGCAGAUCAUUUACAACAAGCUCGAGGCUAUCCACAACACAGGAGCCAAGGUUGUUCUCAGCAAGCUGCCCAUUGGUGAUCUUGCUACACAGUACUUCGCUGACCGCGAUAUCUUCUGCGCUGGUCGUGUUGCCUCGGACGACAUGGACCGCGUUUGCCAGGCUACCGGAGCCGCGACCCAAUCGACCUGCACUGACAUCCAGGACCGCCACCUGGGUACCUGUGGCGCAUUCGAGGAGCGCCAGAUCGGUGGAGAGCGUUUCAACCUCUUCUCCGAUUGCCCCCGCGCCAAGACCUGUACUCUGGUCCUGCGUGGUGGUGCCGAGCAGUUCAUUGCUGAGGUUGAGCGCAGUUUGCACGAUGCCAUCAUGAUCGUCAAGCGUGCUCUGCGCAACACCACCAUUGUUGCCGGUGGUGGUGCCACUGAGAUGGAGCUGUCCAGCUACAUGCACGGAUUUGCUGACCGCAACGUUCCCCACAAGCAGCAGGCUGUUGUCAAGGCCUUUGCCAAGGCAUUGGAGGUUAUCCCCCGCCAGUUGUGCGAUAACGCCGGUUUCGACGCCACUGAUAUCCUGAACCGCCUGCGCGUGGAGCACCGCAAGGGCAACACCUGGGCUGGUGUGGACUUCGACAACGAGGGUGUUCGUGACAACAUGGUCGCCUUCGUCUGGGAGCCUAGUCUGGUGAAGGUCAACGCCAUCCAGGCCGCAGUGGAGGCUGCAUGCUUGAUCUUGAGCGUGGAUGAGACGAUAAAGAACGAGGAGUCAGCUCAGCCUGGCCAGCAGCGCGGUAUGCCUCCUGGCGCCGCUCAGCGUGCCCUCCGGGGCCGUGGCCGUGUGAUGUCUUAUUAUCCGCCUUACUCGGGCGCGCCGGGUUAUCCCCCGCAGCAGCCAUCUUAUCCCCCGCAACAGUACCCACCGAUGAAUCACCAACAGCAGCCAUCGUAUGGCGGAUACCCAGGCCAAUCCUACCACCACCAGCCCCAUCAGCAGCCGCCGCCGCAGUCCAACCCGUACGGAUACAGCCAGUCGUCUCAGCCACACCAGUCCUACGGCGCCCCGCAGCAAGGUUACAAUCUUACGGUCAAGGUGGCGGUCCGGCUCCCCCCUCCCAGCAACCCCGUCGCCUUCGGUCAUGGCGCACCACAGGGCUACAGCUUCCAAUACUCACGCUGCACGGGCAAGAGAAAGGCGCUCAUGAUUGGUAUCAACUACUUCGGCCAGAAGGGUCAGCUGCGCGGGUGUAUCAACGACGUUAAGAAUAUGUCGACUUAUCUGAAUCAAAACUUCGGCUAUGCUCGCGAGGAUAUGGUUCUUUUGACCGAUGAUCAGCAAAACCCCAUGAGCCAGCCGACAAAGGUCAAUAUCCUCCGGGCCAUGCACUGGCUCGUCAAGGAUGCCCAGCCAAACGAUUCUUUGUUCUUCCAUUACUCCGGCCACGGUGGUCAGACACCUGAUCUGGACGGUGAUGAGGAUGACGGAUACGACGAAGUGAUUUAUCCCGUAGACUUCCGGGCUGCAGGACACAUUGUGGACGAUGAGAUGCACCGAAUCAUGGUGCAGUCCCUGCGACCUGGAGUCCGCUUGACUGCAAUCUUCGAUUCCUGCCACUCUGGCUCAGCUCUCGAUCUCCCCUACAUCUACUCCACCUCUGGUGUGCUCAAGGAGCCCAACCUGGCCAAGGAAGCCGGCCAAGGCUUGCUCGGUGUGGUAUCGGCAUACGCGCGCGGCGAUAUGGGCAGCAUGAUGUCCACUGCCAUGGGAUUCAUCAAAAAGGGCUACUAA